UCCAAGGCUGAGAGGCCUAAUCUCUCUGACCACUUCCUUAUAGCUCACACUUGUUUCUUCACUUUCCUCAGCUACGCUAUACUCCCCCUCUCCUUUUCUACCUUUCCAUCUCCAGACCUCUCCCCUCCUCUCUCUGUCAUGUCCAUGAGGAACCCACCUCAGCGCCGGCGCUCUCUGGGUCCCGUCUCACCCAAACGCAUCUACCGGAACCUGUCGGUCAGACUGAAGGGAGGAGAGGCUGUCGCUGCCGAGGUGGAUGCACCCAAACGCGCCUGUAAGCCAGCCGAAGCGUACAAGAAUCUGUGGGAGGCAGUGGAAAAUGAGGACACUUUGUCGGUACAGAGUCUUUUGUCCAAAGACCAUGCCAGCUGUGGAGGUGGAGGAGGCUUGUGGGAGAGAGAUAAAGAGAGGGGGGUGAACUGGGUGAGUGAACAGGGUCUAGUUCCAUUGGAUGUGGCUGCCCUCACCCAUAACGCCCCUCUGCUUCAUGUGCUGAUCAGAGCAGGAGCUAGACACAACCCCGUUUUGUGCCGGCCUGCCGAGUGGGCGCUCAAGCUGGACGCCCUGGUGGCGCUGGCUAGCAGACGAGUAGAAGAGUGGAAGGUGGAGUUGGCCAGGAAAGCAGGAGCUGGACCCCAAUCACAGGCUGAUGUCCAGAGACAGAUCCACCUCUGGAGACUCCGGCUGCAGCUGUACUGCCGGAUGAGAGAGAAUUUCCAGAACACAGAGCUCCCAGGGACUCCCAGUCAUGUGUCCUUACUGGUAACCAGCACAUCAUCCCUAUGGGUAAUGAUCAAAGAGCCAGAGGAAAAUGGCACAGGGCUCAUCACCCGCUACAGAGUGGAAUGGAGCACGUUCGCCAACUUUAAACACGUUCUCGGUUCAGCAGAAGUCACAGAGACUAAGAACCCCUCGUUUAUUAUCAAAGGCCUGACAACAGGAGAGCAGUACUUUGUAAGAGUAAGUGCCUACAAUGUGAAAGGAUGGGGCCCGGCUCGGUUCUCCUCCCCAGUCAGUGCUGCUCCCUCUAGUUGGACAGAGUGUCCCGGUGUAAAGAUGCAGACCAGGAACCAUGAGGGUCUUGUAAGGAAACUGCUGGAAGAUGCCAGAGAGUUGCAGUACAGAGGAUGUAACAUCGAGAGUUUCAAGCCGCAGAGUCCUGGUAAGCGUCUGUCGGUGUCUCGAGGCAUCAAACAGCUCUUCCGGUCCACCACCAAGUUUGUUCGUCGUCUACAAAGGGGGGUAUACCUGGCAACCGUGUUCUACCACAAGGACAACAUCCUGGUGACAGCUGAAGAUCAGAUCCCACUGGUGGAGAUCCAGUGCUGCUCCACCUCCAUCACACAGGACUUCCUGUGGUUUGCUAAGCUGUCCUGUGCAUGGCAGCAGGUUCCCUGGCUCCAGCAGGCCCUAUCCUCGGCCCACUCCUCUCCCUCCUCCCUCCUUCAGAACAGGCACAACAUCCUACGAGCUAUUUCCCAGCUACAGUCUUCUCUGGGAACAAUGGACCUGGGGCAGGUUUACUUUGAGCCCCUAAAGGAUCGGCAGGGCAACGUUUUACUGGUGACUCUGAAGGAAUUCCCAAAUGCUCCCAGCCCUCCUGAUCCCCCAUUCCACUGGAUUCCUCUGGUUCGGCUGGAAAAGAACCGCAGCAGAACCCCGCUGCUGCCCGAGCCCACCGCCAUGGACACGCUCUACGACCAGCUGGAGGACAAGCUGUCCUUUCACAGACACAGCAAUCAGUGGGUGCAGCCGGGUCUGUACGUGGGCAUCCUGAAACUGUGCAGCUCAGUCGAACAGAUCAGGGUCCUGGUCCCUCAGAGACUUCCCAACCUGCUCUGCCACGCACGGGUCCGACCCAGCGCCCACGUGACCAGAGAGGAGUGGGCCUGGCUCCAGAGUCACGUUUACAGCAGCGAGGGCGGCAGCCCGAUGGAGAGCAGUGGUCUGGCAGAAUUCAUCAGAUCGCUGCGAGUGGCCAUCACACACCUCCUGACAAAGCUCAACAUCCCCCUCUACAGGGCGUACCAGUAUGGUGUGUACACACGAGAGCUGCUGCAGUUUGGUGAGAAGAUGUCCAUGCUGCUGCUUCUACCUCCCAGUGAGGACUUCAGCUCCAGUUACUGGCCUCUAGUGGGGGCAGAGGAGCAAGGCCUCACCAUGCCCCUGCAGAUCUUUGAACUUGGUCAUUUUUGGACGUAUGAUCGAGACUUCCUCUGCCAGUACUGCCAGGCCUGGGUUAGACUGGAGCUGGACUCUCAUCUGGCUCAGCAGGCUCUGCGCGAGGCGCUCGACACCAAAGAGGUGCAGGAAGCCCGAGAACGGCUCAGCAACAUCACCGACCUUUUUCGGCGCCUGGAUGUGGUGUGGCGGAACAGCCGCUGGAUUAUGGACUGUCUACAAUGCGUUCGGUCCAAGCAGUGGGCGGGGGCUGCACCUCUAGGCCUGGUGAUGGGAGGAGAGCCACCGCCGUGUCCUGAUGGUGAUGAAGAGGAGAAGAGGCUCACUGCCAGACGGAACUGGCCCCGUCAGAUUCAAACACAGAGCUCUGUGGCAGCGAGUUCAGUCAGCAGGACUUUACCUCCUAUUGCUGUGGGCUCAGCUACACAAGGAGUCACGGUCGUCUCCCAGGAGGGUCCGACAGUCCUAACGGAAGGUGUGGUGAAGGGAGGAUACCCCGUUGAUAUCAGCUCCCAGUGCACAGCAGACCUGACCGGCCUUGUUCAGUCAGACUCUAUGAGUGCUUUACUCGACUCUGGACUGGGACCUGCUGUGGUCUCACAGCUAGAAGCUGGGUUUUCUGUCUUGGACACACACGAGUCCUGCAGAGGACAGGACUUCACCCCCAGCACCACAGAGGUCCUCCGGCUGAUGGAAAUCACCGAGCUGGAGGGCAUCUUGCCUAUGUUGAGUCUCACUGAGGAGGAUAUUGCCACCUGCCCAUCCUCACCAUCUGUGAUGGACAUGCCGGAGAACUUUGGACAGGGAGAUGGUGAGAAAAGCAGCUCCUUUGACUUUGGGAGCUCAGAUUUGAUGAAAGGAGGGGAGAUGCUGUCACAAACGGUGGGAUCUGAGGCACCAGAGGUUUCGACUUCUAAUAAUUCUGCAGCUGUUGAGACACCUGCCGUCUGCUGGGACUUCACUCAAGACGAGGAGGAGACACAGGCGUCUCCAAGCAGAGGAGCGGGUCUCCCAGUGAGAAGCCUGGUGGAGUGGGACAGACCGUCUCACUCCUGACAUCAGACAAAACAAUCCGUCAACAUCAUGGACAGCAUUUGACUUACAUCUAAUAAACUAUUGCACAUAAUUCCACGAUGACUGUAGAAAAUGAAAGUAAAUCAACUGUUUUUGAGGCCUUUAGUUUAUAUUAAUGCUUAGUUCACUAAACGUAUAAAAUCUAGUUGAUAAUAAGCUACAGUAGUUGUGACGACGUGAUCGUUGAUUGCAUGAAGCCACACUGCUGCUCAUCUGAGCUGUAAAUAAAACCUUAAGUUCACUUAAAAAGGAGAAAAGUAAUCUGUUAUAAAUGUUAAUAACAGGGUUCAGACUGUUUUGGUGCUUUUAAUAAUCCAACUCCACAUUACUCAGGCUUCUAUUAAGAUGAAGCCAAAAUAUUAAAAGUGUUUUUUUCUAAUGCAGAAACAAACUUUGCUGAGCUGCAGAAAAUAAAAUGUCUGUGGAAAUAUUUUAGCAGCGAGUAAAAGAUUCUGGUCAUUUGUUUAUUUUUUCUUUUCUUUCCUGAUUUAAGGAAACAAGCUUAAGAUUGUUGGUUUGUAUUUUUUUUAACUGUUUUGCUGCCAGAGUAUAAUAAACAUGAAAGAAAGCUAGU